GCCGCGGUCGCCGCGUCGUCCCUUCCCCGGCCCGGAGCCGCCGCCGGCAGCCCGCAGCCGAGAUGCUGAGCUUCUUCCGCCGGACGCUGGGGCGCCGCUCCAUGCGCAGGCACGCGGAGCGGGAGCGGCUGCGUGAAGCCCAGAGGGCUGCGACCCACAUCCCGGCAGCCGGAGAUGCCAGGUCGGUCAUCACCUGCCGCGUGGCUCUGCUGGAUGGCACCGACGUCAGCGUGGACCUGCCGAAAAAAGCCAAAGGCCAGCUCCUGUUUGAGCAGAUCAUGUAUCAUCUGGACCUUAUAGAAAGCGAUUAUUUUGGAUUGAGGUUCAUGGAUUCUGCACAAGUGGCGCACUGGUUGGACAACACAAAAAGCAUCAAAAAGCAAGUUAAAAUCGGCCCGCCAUACUGUCUGCAUUUUCGUGUCAAGUUUUACUCAUCAGAGCCCAACAAUCUGCGUGAGGAGCUAACAAGGUAUUUAUUUGUUCUGCAGCUAAAACUGGAUAUUCUGAGUGGAAAGUUGGAAUGUCCUUUUGACACAGCCGUCCAGUUGGCAGCUUAUAAUAUGCAAGCUGAACUUGGAGACUACGAUCCUGCUGAGCACGUCCCUGAGCUGGUAUCUGAGUUCAGAUUUGUGCCUACUCAGACCGAAGAGAUGGAGCUGGCCAUCUUUGAGAAGUGGAAGGAAUGCAGGGGGCAAACACCAGCACAGGCUGAAACUAACUACUUAAACAAAGCUAAGUGGCUGGAAAUGUAUGGUGUAGACAUGCACAUAGUCAAGGCAAGAGACGGCAAUGAUUACAGCCUGGGACUAACCCCUACAGGAGUUCUUGUCUUUGAAGGAGACACAAAGAUUGGUUUGUUUUUCUGGCCAAAGAUAACAAGACUUGACUUCAAGAAGAACAAACUCACUCUUGUUGUUGUUGAAGAUGAUGAACAGGGGAAGGAGCAGGAGCAUACUUUUGUCUUUAGACUGGAUCACCCCAAGGCUUGCAAGCACUUAUGGAAAUGUGCAGUAGAACAUCACGCCUUCUUCCGGCUCCGAGGUCCUGUCCAAAAAAGCUCAAGCAGAUCAGGCUUCAUUCGGCUGGGCUCCCGGUUCCGGUACAGUGGGAAAACAGAAUACCAAACCACCAAGACCAACAAAGCCAGGAGAUCAGCAUCCUUUGAAAGGAGGCCCAGCAAAAGAUACUCAAGACGGACACUACAAAUGAAAGCACAUGUUGCUAAACUUGAAGAAACGAGUUUUCCAAACAAUGCUGUUAUUACUCAGACCAAUGGAUCACAAAGUUGGAAUGUGAAGCCAAACUUACCUGUCCUAACAGCAGCAGUUCCUUCUGCCCCAGUCCUAGUGGAAAUAGAGAACCUCCCAAGGAGCCCAGGAGGUAACCAGCAAGACAAGAAAUGCAUACCCCUUGUUGAUCUUCUCGACAGUGUGGAUUUGCCAGAGACCUGUGUGGAUGAUGCUGUAGGCCGUCCCAUCGUUGCCCUGGUAACAGGAGAUUCGGGAGAGGCUGUUGGUUGCCCUCAUCCUGGCACUAAGGAAGCUGCAGUUGAGAAAGCAGACUCUGACCCAUUUGAAGAUGCAUUCCUAAAACUGAAGCAGCUGGAGGCAGAAUGCAGCAGCCCUGUGCUCACUGAGUGUCCCAACAUAAACAUAAACGUGCAGGAUGAAGUGGUGAAGCUCACAGAUAAAUGUCUUAACAAUGCAAUUGAGAGCCCGAUAGCAGCAGCAACAUGGCUUCCAGCAGACAUGAAAAGCAAUAUCCUGAAGGCCCAGGUGGAAGCAGGGCACAAGGUUGUAAGAGAAGACAGCCUGACAGGUAGCAAGAAUUCCAGCAUUCAGGAUGCUGCUGCCAGGAACAUUCUCCCAUCAGGAAAAACCCAGAGUAGUCCCCCAGCAAGCAGUCCAGUAUUUCAAAACAACCUGAAAACAACCUCUGCCUCAAACACAUUCAUUCCUAAUGCAUUAAAUGAGGAUAAUGCUGCCUCUAACCAUGAAGAGUUGCUGAUUCCAGCUAAUCUGCCACCAGCUGAGGAGGCUGCUGUUUCAAAGAGUGCUCCAGAUGGCCAGGACGUUUUCCUAUCAUCAUUGACAGAGAAUCUAAUUGACUUUACAGAAGCAACACCUCGGGUGUCUUCCCAGCCCACAAUAACACCGAGGUGGUUAGUGCCAACUGGACUGAUGUCCAAUGGGCCUUUGGGAAAUGAUGUUGCCUUAUCUCUGAAAGCAGUGAAAGGCAGCACAGAGGCUCUGUUGUCAUCAGCUGGAUUGCCACCAUGCCAUCAGACAGCUGAAGUCCUUGCAAGCCCAGUUGCUGAGGAUGCUACAGUAAGGACGAAAUGUUUACUCACCACUGAACUGUAGAAGAUGGAGCUAUUGUACUUCUCACCUAGUAAAAACUCCAACUCAAAUCUUCUGACAUCUACAAGGAAUCCUUCUGAAAGACUUGCAUGGGAUGAAACUCUUGCUGAAUGGGAGUGAAACAGCCAGCUGGUUUGCUAGAAUCCAGGAAGAGACUUUCACAUUUAUUGCGAUCUAACUGGAGUUACAGUCUGAGCCGAAAUGUAAAACCACGUGGAAUUUUGAUCUUCUCCCUCGAGAGAAGUGAAGUAUCACACUGGAGCUAAUUCUGAACACGAGGAACAAAAUCUAGUUGUGUUCCACUCACACUUGGUUUAGUCUCAUGCCUCUCAAAUGUCACGGGCGAGUGAUCACUGAUGUUAGCUCUGCAGUAUUUGAACACCACAUCCCUGUCCUUUAUAGAAUAAUAUUGGGAAGAUUAGGCGAACUUCUAGGGCCACCUUGUGGCCACUCUGUGUAUGGUGGCUCACAGUAGCAAUGACUGUUUCAUGUGGCCAAGAUCAUUUUCUUCUGUGUGAUUAGUCACUGAGUUUCCUGUUUUACUGCCACACAUGCUCCUUUUGGCCUUAAAGCCCUCGGUAAUCUUUGCACCUCUUCUUACAGGACAAACUAUUGUGACGGACUACUUUGACUGGAUUUGAGCUGCUCAUUGCAACCAGGAAAGUUAACCUGCCAAACUCUUAUAGCAUUAGCAGAUUGCAGCAGAGGUCCCACAUUUUGACACUGGUUAUUUCAUUUCCUCUGUGACUCAAAUACAGAUGUGUACUUAGGCUAUAGGUGUAUUUUUUUGUUUUCAGCAUUGAAGUAGUGAAGUUGUGAGUACAGCUUACUUCAGGAACUGCUUUUUGGUUAGUUCUCUUAUCGUUCAAGGCUAGGAAAGACAGGAUUUUCAUUUUUUCUAUUCACAUUGUUGCUAGGUGUUAAUUUGAGGUCUUGUGCUUUGGAGAAUACUUAACACACAGGAUAAGGCAUGAGGGUACAACUAGGUCAGUUCUUAACACCGCCUUGAAUCCUGUUCCAAUUGUGCAUGGAACAAAAUACAGAGUAAGGUGAAAAUGGGGAAAAGAGAUGAAACAUUCCCAAAAGCAGUUCACCUGCUUCUAGGAAAAAGGUAGGAGCACUUGCAAGAAUGUGCUCCGCAGUGCUGGUAAAGACCUUUUGGUGCUCAGGUAAAGUACAGGAUACAGCACAUACAGUUUGAAGAGUGUCCUGGGCAUCAGGAUCCCUGUGUAGAGGUGAGAACAUGGACCCUGGGAAUAUAUCCUGUGAAAAUACCAGUGCAGAGUCAGAGGAAGGAGAAGUGUAGAAGCCCAGUGAUGAAUUCCACAUCUCCAAACAGGGAAGCGCAGUUGAAGCUAUCGGGAUCCUUCUCAGGAAGAGAUUUGUACAUAUGUCUGGGCUUGGAGGAUGUUUUCUGCACAGUGCUGCUCUUUAUAACUAUUUAUAUACAUGGGAUUCUUAGGAACAAUUUUAAAUGUGAAAGUGAGUUAGAAACCUGUAUGCACAACUUUCUUUGUGCAUGCCUGCUGCAUGAAUAUAACUCCGUGUGGACAGAGAGUUGGACCAAACCACUGUGGGUUGUGCAAGGUUGGAAUGCACUCCAGUUUAAACUGCAGUUCCAUGCAUAGCUUGUCAGAGACAGCCAGCUGUACCAGAGGUAUGUAUUGGACAGCCCUUUGGCCACAACAUGGCAAGAAAAUGUGCUACACCAAAUGAGGGUCUCAGGUGGAAGGUUCGGUUCCAUUUGGGUCUCCCCACAUGCUGUUUUCAGCCCAUGCACCCAAUUUUUACUUUUGUUUCUCAAAGCAAAGCCGUACUGUUCAGAUCUGCCACAAACAGCACUGGAUGUAUUUUCCACAUCUUGAAUGUGUUCAGGUACAACCUGACUCUCCCACAGGUGAAGCACAGAGUGUUUGUUAGUUAGAAAGCGGCAGUAAAAUUACAUAGCUAUUAGAUGCAUUAAUGUUACAGCUAGACAAUCGUAGCUUUUAUACCAAAAAAACAGAACUCCAUGCUAAUGGCCUUCCAGAGAUGCAGGUGUAAUCCACGUGUGUUUGGUCCAAGUGUCAGCACUAUAGAAGGAACAGGCUGUGCCCAUCUGCUGGGACGAGGAGUGGGCAUUGCUAGGUGUGCUGUGUCACAGCAAGGAGCCACGGGGCUUCUCCUGCUAAGUGCACCUCCUUUGUAUUGUUGGGCUUGAGCACUUUGCUUCCUGAACACACACACACCCCUUCCUAUAACUGGAGAAACCUAUUUUUGAAGUAUGUAAGAGUAUUUUUUUAGCUAGAUUUUUUUUGUUAAAGCCACACUAACUACUGUAUUUUUACCUUUUUAUAUGUAAAGCUCGGCGGUAGCUCUCAGUGUAUAAUUUAUUUGGAUUUUUUUAUAAAACAAAGUGCACCCUCUUGCUUCUGUUUCACAGUAGUGAUGUAUGAGCAGCUUUGGGCACUGCACUGCCAUCUUUAUAGAAACUGUACACGGGAACGAGGAACUGUGAUUUUGUAGUCCACAACCCGAUCUCGAAAUGUUUAUGCUGUAGUUGUGUCUGAAAUACACCACGUCCGUGCAAA